AUGAAAAGAGGAAUCUCGUUUUUGAUAUUCAUGGUAGGAGUCGGCGGAUCUACUAUUGAUCAGCCGCCUGAAGAUGUCGUUGGGAUGGCAUCAACUUGGUGCUACACGUAUCUUUCGACCUAUUUCGAGCCCAUGACAAUUGGGUUUACCAGUCCAUUUCCAACCAACUUGUCCGUCAGCUCAACUUCUCCCGCCAUUGGAUCUACUUCAACGACUUCAAUCCCUCCCACCCUUCCGACAUCACUAUCAUCAACAGGUGGUUCGAGAACAACACCUUCGGGGUCCACGGCGGCUUCCGAGUCAACUUCAAUCUUGGGUUCUACUUCCCCUUUGGGGUCUGCUACACCUUCGGGACUCAGCACCUCUUCGUCGUUAGCUUUACCUCCAUCCGUCGCGACAACAUCGGUCUCAACGCCCACUCCCAGUGCCCCAGUGGAUCGGCAGAUCAUAUUAUUUACAUUUCCUAUUGCAGUCACGAAGCGGGGUUUGGAGAAGAGGGACAUUGGAGGAUUCAUCGUCCGUGACGCAGCUGCUAACCGCCAGAGCUGCGAUGAUGCUGUGAUCUUUAGCCUGUCCUCGAAUUGGCUUCUUGACGCAGGGAUUCCUAUUCACUACACACCCGGCGACACCAAUAAACCCUUUCGCGCUACAACUCUGCCUUCAGUCGACGCUAUUACUACUACGUUUGGGGUUGUAGGAGGUAAACUUCAGUUUUCAAACUCUUCCCUGCCAGGCGGACGAGCCAACUUCUGCCAAAACCCUCAAGGGCAAGUUUUCAUUAUCUUCACAUCUACGCCAGUGGGUUGUGAGCUUGUGCAAAUUCUGGUCUAUGAAGUCCACAACUACGUCUACAAUCUCUACCUCAACCCCAACUACUACAACUGGAACUACAACAACGUCUACAACAUCGUCUACGACAACAUCUACAACCUCUAG